CAGUGUGUAGGUGUGGUUUGCUGCAGGAAGUCUGUAUUUAAGGAGGUGUUGCUGCAGACUGACUUCACUUCUUCAGCUCAGCAGCAGACCAGCUCCUCUCUCCAUAACCAACCAUGGCCUGCAAAAGUGCCCGAGAUGUGUUCCUGCGACUUUGGCUGCUUGGGAGUUCUGUCGUCUUUCUACCAGGAGCUUGUGGGUUGGAUCCCAGCCUGUGCAGUCAACAUGUGUCCUCGGACUAUUCAUCUCAAGCUUCUACAACCUGCCACAAGACAAACUCGGGCGAUACACACUACCACAAUGAUGAGGUAAUCCGGAUUGUGAUGGUGGGAAAGACCGGAGGUGGGAAGAGCGCCACAGGAAACACCAUAUUGGGAAAAAAGUCCUUUAAAUCAGAGUUCUCUGCUAAAUCUUUGACUAAAGAAUGUGAAAAAGCCUUUGGUGAAGUGGAUGGAAAAAAGGUUGCUGUCAUUGACACUCCAGGUCUGUUUGACAACAGGAUGGAUGAAGAGACGACCAGGAAAUCUAUUGCUCAGAGCAUUUCUUAUUCUGUUCCUGGACCCCAUAUCUUCCUGGUUGUCAUCAAACUGGGCAGAUUCACAGAGGAGGAAAAGCAGACAGUGAAGAAGAUUCAGGAAAUGUUUGGAGAGGGAGCAGACAGAUACAGCAUGGUUCUCUUUACCCACGGUGAUCUGCUCAACGGGAAAUCUAUUGAAGAGUUCUUGGAGGAAAGCGAAGAUCUGCAGGAACUUGUGGACAGAUGUAACGGCCAGUACCACGUCUUCAAUAAUAACCUGGAGGAUCGUUCUCAGGUCAGAGAGCUGCUCAAAAAGAUCAGACAUAUAGGAGAGAAGAACGGAGGAAGCCAUUACACAAAUGAAAUGUUCCAGGAGGCCGAGAGGGCCAUAGAGGAGGAAAAACAGAGAAUCCUAAAAAAGAGAGCAGAAGAAAUACGCAAAGAGAAAGAGGAAAUGGAGAAGAGAAUAAGGGAAAAGUAUGAGCAACAAAGAAAGGAACUGAAAGAUGACAGAGAGAGGUUGGAAAAGCUACGUGAAACUCAGCAAAGAGAAAUGGAGGAGGAAAAGAGGAGAUUUAGAAAAAGGCAGGAACGUAGGGCCAGGAGUGAAGCUGAGGACAGCCCUUUCAUAUUGAAAUUAAUGAAUGCCAUUUUUGGGCUUAUUGUAUCAGUGUUAUUCCUCUGACAUCAACUGAAUGAUGGUUUCAGAUGUUAGUGUUUUCAUUGUUUGAUUGCUUUUCUUUUACUAGAGAAAAUAAGAACAGAUAAACACAUCAUGAAUUCAUUUGAUGAAUAUACUUUAAAAUGUUUUACAGAUAAAAACUCCUGAAUAAAUUUCAUUCAUGUGCUUUUGUUGAUUAAUAAAGGAUCUGAAAGAGA